AUGCCCCGGAAGCGUGCGGAGCCCGCGACGCCUGUCGAGGACCUUGACGAUGUUUCUGACGGGGAAACCGGCGGCAGCGCGCCCAAGCGCAGCAAGAGUGGCGGGCGGAAGGGGCCUGCGUCUGCGCCGCAGGAGUACGAGAACGGCGUCGUCCGUGAGGUGGUCGUCGAGAAUUUCAUGAACCACAGCCACCUGCGUGUGGAGCUCGACCCCCACGUCAACUUCAUCGUCGGCAAGAACGGCUCGGGCAAGUCCGCCGUCGUGCUCGCGCUGCAGGCGGGACUCGGCUGCAAGGCACAGGCGAGCGGCAAGAACACGAGCACGCACAAGAACUACAUCAAGCACGGCGCGGACUCCGCGUGCAUCAAGAUCCACAUCGCCAACGGGGGGGGCGACCCGUACAGGCCCGACGACUUUGGCGAGACGGUCGUCGUCGAGCACCGGAUCGAAAAGGUGGGCGGCGGCGGGUACUACCUCUCGCGCGGGGACGGCUCCGGCCGGAUGAAGGUGAACAAGGGCGAGGUGUCCAGGCUGUGCGAGCACUUCAACAUCAAGGCGGACAACCCGUGCGCCGUGACGUUGUACGACUUUUUCCUCGAGGCGUCCAACCUCAAGGACAUGAAGGAGAAGCACCAACAGACGCUGUCGAUGAUCGAAAAGGCAAAGGCGGACGUGGAGGCGGCCGAGGCAAAGCUGCCCACGUACGAGGAGGCGGCGGCCAAGGCCAAGGCCGAGUACGACGGCGCGGUGGCGCUCAAGCGGAUGGACGCCCAGCUGGAGGAGCUCAACAAAGUUGCGAUGUGGGCCUGCAUCGCCGAGCGCGAGAAGAGGCUGGAGGCGCAGAGCGCGGCGGAGGCGGCGGCGGAGGCGGACCUGCGCAAGAACACGCAGGAGCACAGCGCGGCGCGCGACGAGUUCAAGGCGCAGGAGAAGGCGCUGCAGGAGGCGCAGGCCGAGGCGGACGACCUGAUGAAGCAGGCGCAGGACGCGUCCUCGAGUGGCAAGGCGCUGCUGGAGGCGCAGAACAAGCGCAAGAAGAGCAUCAAGCUGGCGCAGCGCGCGGCGACCACGGCGCGCGACGAGGGGCAGACGCUCGAGGAGCAGAUAACGCAGGCGAGAGCGGCGCACGCACGACGCAGACGCCUCGCGAAGCUGCGGCUCGACGGCUACCUCGAGGACCUCGAGAAGAACCAGCAGACGCAGCGCGCGGCGCUCGAGCGGGACCGGCUCGAGGCGGAGGAGGAGGUGGCCGCGCUGCAGCGGGCGAUCGGCGAGAAGCAGCAGGCGCUGCAGGCGAGCAAGCGGCAGCACGACGCCGCGAUGGAGGGGAUCGAGGCAAGCCGCGCGGAGGUGACCGACGCGGAGCGGAGGCUGCAGCAGAUCGCCGACGACCGGCGCGGGCUCGACCGGGACUCGUUCGACGUCUCCAAGCGGCUGCACCCGCAGAUGCCGGAGCUGAUCGCCGCCGUCAAGAAGAACGAGAGGUCCUUCCGCUCGCCGCCGAUCGGGCCGCUCGGCUCGUACGUCAAGAUGAAGGCGGGGAAGGAGGAGUUCGCCAAGGCGGCGGAGGCGGCGCUCGGCGGCCUGCGCGGCCUCUCCCAGUUUGUCGUGGCGGAGAAGGAGGACGAGGAGCUGCUGCGCAGGCUGGCCCACGGGCUCAAGCCCGGCCCGCCGAGCGUGCCUUCUCUCAGCAGCGUGUUGCGCGUGUUCAAGCGGCCGCGCGAGGCGCGCUUCUCGGCGCGGCGCAUCGAGGUGACCCAGCGCGCGCAGAACCCGCACCUCGCACGCUUCGACGUCGUGCUCGAGGUCAUCAACGUCGAGGACGACCACGCCUUCAACGCGAUCGCGCGGCUGCUCAUCCCCACCGAGGAGGAGGCGCGCGAGGCGCUGCACAAGACGCGCCUCAAGUUCCCGCAGGGAGGGCCGACCAGGGUGCAGUCGGUCGUCAUCGAGAACGGCACCACGUACGCCGUCGACAAGCAGGGCCUCGAGGAGCGGAGGCCUUGGGAGGGGCAAGUCGGGAACGUGCUCUGCGCCGACGGGGGGGUGUUCAUCCCCCCCGAGGAGGAGGCCCGCGAGGCGCUGCCCAAGACGCGCCUCAAGUUCCCCCAGGGAGGGCCGACCAGGGUGCAUUCGGUUGUCAUCGAAAAGGGCCCCACGUUCGCCGUUGACAAGCAGGGCCUGGAGGAGCGGAGGCCUUGGGAGGGGCAAUUUGGGAACGUUUUUUGGGCCGACAAGCAGCAGCGCGAGGCGGCGGAGGAGCUCAAGCAGUGCAAAGCGCGGCUGACCGAGGCGGAGCGCGCCAAGGAGCGGGACGUCAAGUCGGAGGUGGCCGGCAAGAAGGAGGUCAAGACGCUGCAGAAGCAGCUGAGCGACGCAAAGGCGCGCGCGCGGCAGGCGGUGGAGCAGGGCGAGUUCGACCCGGCCGCGCAGGAGAUCGAGGAGUCGCGCAGCGAGAUCGCCUCGCUCGAGUCGUCGCUGAGGGUGGAGCAGGAGAAGCUCGCCAAGGCGCAGGCGGAGGUGACCAAGCUCGAGGCGGCGCUGGGCGACCGCAGAAACGAGACGUCGGAGGUGCAGGAGCGCUUCUCCCGCCUCAACGAGCUCAUCAACGAGAAGUCGAGCGAGGUCGACGCCCUCACCGGGCCCGUCAGCCGCGCCAAGCACGGCCUGCGCAAGUUCGAGCGCGCCGGCAACGAGGCGAAGGCCGCGCGCGACGCCGCGAAGAAGGAGGGGGCGCGCCUCCGCGACGAGAUCGACCGGCUGCUGCCCGAGGUGGAGGCGGCGGUUGGCGAGCGCGUCGAGGACCCGCAGCAGCGCAGCGAGGAGGAGAUCAAGCGCGAGAUCGAGAAGCUGCAGGCGCGCCAGAGGAAGCAGGAGAAGAAGCACGGCGGCAAGACGCUGUCGUCGCUCGAGGAGCUCGCGCGCAAGACGCAGGAGGUGUCGGUGCGCAAGAGGGAGGAGCUCGACGGCAUCAAGCUCACCACCAAGGGCACGCAGGAGAACUUUGAUGAGCGGUACAAGUUCUGGCGCAAGAGCUGCAAGGCCAAGGGCAAGCAGGCGGCGCUCGACUUCAACGGCCGCCUCACGCGCAAGGGGCACGCCGGCAACCUCGACUUCAACCACCGCGAGGAGAAGCUCUCGCUGCAGGUCGUGCGCAACUCGCAGGACGCGCACGCCGCGGGCACCACCGACGCGCGCAACCUGUCGGGCGGCGAGCGCUCCUUCACGACGCUCGCCUUUGAGCUGUCGAUGUGGGAGUUCAUGGAGACGCCCUUCCGCGUGCUCGACGAGUUUGACGUCUUCAUGGACGACACGUACCGCAAGAUCGCCGUCGACGCGCUGCUCGAGCUCACCAGCACGCAGCAGCACCGCCAGUUCAUCUUCCUGACGCCUCAGGACAUGCACCCCUUCCUCAAGGGGCGCGCGAACCCGCCGCACGUCAUAAAGAUGAAGGACGUGCGGUGA